AUGUCCGGUCACCCUCAACGUUCACCUACGGGUGUGGUUCACCCUCAUCAACCUUCGCUGCCGCAACACCCACAGGUUAAUGGUCAUAUGCCAAUUCAAGGCCAGGCCCAAAGUGGACCGCCCUUGACAACAUGGCAAAAGAUCCUGCAAGUUAAUGAAGCGAUAUGGCUCCAGCUCGGCAAUCUAUGCGAAAUGAUGGGCAAUAUGGAUGGCGCCGUUGACGCCUAUCAACAUGCGCUUCGACAUAAUCAAUAUUCCGUGCCUGCCAUGAGCGCUAUAUCGUGUAUCUAUCGAACGAAAGAGGAAUUUCCAAAAGCCAUCGAAUUUUUACAAAAUAUUUUAAAAUUAGACCCUCAAAGUGGAGAAUCUUGGAGCAGUUUAGGUCAUUGUUAUCUUAUGAUCGAUAAUCUUCAAGAUGCUUACAGCGCAUAUCAAAAUGCCUUGUAUCAUCUUCGUGACCCGAAGGAACCGAAACUUUGGUACGGUAUUGGAAUUCUCUAUGAUCGCUAUGGCUCUUUAGAUCAUGCAGAGGAAGCUUUCUCCCAGGUCAUGCGAAUGCAGCCAGAUUUUGAGAAAGCAAAUGAAAUUUAUUUCCGCCUUGGUAUAAUAUAUAAACAGCAACAAAAGUUUAGUCACAGUCUGGACUGCUUUCGAUAUAUCGUCAAAGAUCCUCCAAGGCCUUUGACUGAAGAAGAUAUCUGGUUCCAGAUUGGCCAUGUACAUGAACAACAAAAGGAUUUUGAAUCCGCCAAAGCAACUUAUAUGAAAGUCCUGGAACGCGACCCACAGCAUGCCAAAGUUCUGCAACAGCUCGGGUGGCUGCAUCACCAACAGAGUAGUACAUAUUCUUGCCAGGAACAAGCCAUUGAGUACCUGGAAAAGUCUGUUUCAGCUGAUACGAGUGAUGCGCAGAGUUGGUAUUUGCUCGGUCGUUGUUAUAUGUCGCAGGCCAAAUACCCCAAGGCAUACGAAGCAUAUCAGCAAGCUGUAUAUCGAGACGGCCGUAACCCGACAUUCUGGUGCUCCAUUGGCGUGCUUUACUAUCAGAUCAAUCAAUAUCGUGAUGCUCUUGAUGCAUAUUCUCGAGCUAUUCGCCUAAACCCCUAUAUUUCCGAGGUUUGGUACGAUCUUGGAACACUGUACGAAUCAUGCAACAAUCAAAUUGCGGACGCCCUUGAUGCAUAUGGACGUGCGGCAGAGCUUGAUCCUAAUAAUACACAUAUCAAGGCGAGACUGCAGCUACUUCAAAGUGGACAGGCAACGAAUCAAGGAAAUGCCCCUGUCCCACAGGACGUUCACCCCCAGGCAUAUCAGGCACCUAAUGUCGGGGUACCACCUGGGCCUCGCUGGGGUGCUCAAGCGCCGUCUGGGGCCCCUCCAGCUCAACCCUCAUUGGCAUCGGGUCGUGUCAAUGAAUGGGCCCGAGGAGUCAGUGAAGUUCAAGCGCAGCAAGGUCCGUCUGGGCAGUAUGAUCAGCGUGAAACAUUGCGAGGCAUCCAGCCACAACAGCCAAGCCCUAGAAUUGAACAGGGCCGCCCACCUUUCUCUGAUCAGCAGUCCCGGAACAAUGCCGGUCGCAAGGGACUUUCGCCGUCGCCAAAGUUCAAUUUCUCCGCGCCAAGUACUUAUCCAGGGCCCCAAACGCUCCCGCAGCUUGGUCCACCACCUCAAACGAAUGAUCGGGGCAAUGGAAAUGCCUUUGGUGGCUCGGUAAGACCUCCUAUACUAGCGCAAAAUGGACAUACUGGCGGUGCGGGUCCGAACAACACGGUGACGGGAGCUCAGAUGCCGCCGUAUGGCCGGCCUUUCACGCCUCCCACGGAAAUUCGUCCCAUCAGGGAUGACAGACCAACAUCACCGAGGUCCAUCUAUCCCCAUCCACAAUAUCAUCAGGGCCCUGCCCCUAGCCAAAAUGGCGGAGGCAUUGCUGGUGGUGCUCCUCCUCCAGCCUCUGCCAUCGCGGCAGCUGAGGCAGCGCAACGAGAGCGGGAUGAACGCCCUCCAUCAUCAAUGAAGCGGGGACGCGAGUGGGAGCCUGAACCGGGGCCGGUUAAGAAAGUUGCUAAUGAGGAAAAUCGGUCUCGCUUGGAGGAACAACCAGGUCGAAUCUCAUCUCCACACGAGCCUCGUCGGCGUAGCUCUUCGGAGGUUCGUCGUGAAGAGCAGCGACGAGCUCACGACAACUACCAUCCGUCCGAUGCUGCUCACCACCCCCCUAGCUUGCCUCCUAUUCAACACAUGCAGGCUCAAGCACCAAAAAUUGCAGCUGGGCCGGAGGGGCCAGCGAACGUACAGAAUGCGCCAAUUUCCAGUCUGCCUCCAAGCGCGAUGAAUACUGGUAACGGGGUGAAUGAAGAGCGUGAGCGUAAGGAGGCCGCGCACCUGCAGCUCGAACCGCCUGCGCGCAAAAUGGACGUUGACGAAGAUUACGACGAUGACGGGGAAGACGAUAAGAAGGCGGUGCCAAUGCAAAAGGGUGGCAGCCCUGGCGGCGCUGCCGCUAAUGGGAUGGUGAAUGGGGGCAGCCAAGCAGGCCAAGGCAAGGUCGACGCUGCUGGAUAG